CUCAUGCGACGUCCUCCGCCAGCUCCCUCCCGCCCCCUCGCACCUCGCCGUCCUCUUUCCUUCCAUGGCGGAGAGGGCGCUCCCGCCGCCCGUGCCCGAGCAGGCCUCCGCCGCCCUCGCCCAGCUCAGGGCCCCGCCGCACGAGACGUACGUCGUCAAGGUCCAGAAGGACCAGAUAUACCGCGUGCCGCCUCCCGAGAACGCCUACCUCGCCGAGCGGUACCGCGCGGAGCGCGCCGGCGGCGGCAAGAGCGGCGGCGGCUCCGCGUGCUCCACGCCCCUCCUGCUCACGCUCGCCCUGGCGGCCGCCGCGGUGCUGCUCCUGGGCGCCAGCGUCUGGCUCUCCGUCGUGGUGAUGCGGCCGGCCCCGCCGAGCUUCUCCGUGAACAGGCUCUCCGUGCGCAACGCGUCGGCGCAGCGCCACGCGGAGGUGGACUACGACUUCUUCCUCACGGCGGUCAACCCCAACAAGGUGACCGCGCUGUGGUACAAGGACGGGGGCGCGGCCAGGCUGCUGCACCGGGGCACGGCCCUGGCCAAGGCCGCGGACGUGGGCACGCCAGAGGACGGCGGCGUGGACGCCAAGGACUUCAACGUGCUGCUGCGCGGCGGCGGCGGCCACGCGACACCCAAGGCGGUGGAGAAGGCGCUCGGGGGGUCCAAGAAGGAGGCCGUGGCGCUGGAGCUCGCCGUGGAGUUCCCCGUGCAGGUGCACGUGGGCGCGCUCGCGUUCGCGGCCAAGAGGCUGGCCGUGGCGUGCGAGAUGAGAACGGCGGGGCUAGGGAAGCACGUGCACAUUCCGUCGCAGAAGUGCAGGAGCAGCUUCGGGAAGUGACCGACGCCGACCGCCGCCGCGCCGAGGUGGCGCGCCGGCGCUUUGUGCAUAGUGGGAUCGAGGGCCGAACGGACGGGCAGUGGUGGGAUCGUACGUGUACGCCGCGUGUAAAUGUGUCUUGUAGCUCGUGCUUGAUGA